AGGGCGUGACCCGAGCGUGGGCUCCGGCGCGUGCGCGGCGCGCGCUCGCUGCGGCUGCUGCUGGCCGGGGCUGCAGGAUGUCUGCCCCGUUUGAGGAGCGCAGUGGGGUGGUUCCGUGCGGGACGCCGUGGGGCCAGUGGUACCAGACCUUGGAGGAGGUGUUCAUUGAGGUGCAGGUGCCGCCGGGCACUCGCGCGCAGGACAUCCAGUGCGGCCUGCAGAGCCGGCACGUGGCGCUGGCCGUGGGUGGCCGCGAGAUCCUGAAGGGCAAACUCUUUGAUUCUACAAUAGCUGAUGAGGGAACAUGGACUUUGGAGGAUAGAAAAAUGGUCCGCAUUGUUCUCACUAAGACAAAGAGAGAUGCGGCAAACUGCUGGACUUCUCUUCUAGAAUCUGAAUAUGCUGCGGAUCCUUGGGUGCAGGACCAAAUGCAGAGAAAGCUUACGUUGGAAAGGUUCCAGAAAGAAAAUCCUGGUUUUGACUUCAGUGGAGCAGAAAUCUCAGGAAACUACACUAAAGGUGGACCGGAUUUCUCAAACCUUGAGAAAUAAUUGCUAUUUUUUUAAUGCAUUCUGUGGAUCCUAACAAAUGUUACCAAUUAAAUCAAAGGAGCAGAUUAAGUAAUAGAAGAAAGCUAUGGAUGCCUACAGUUAACAAAUUGUAAAAUAUUUAAAUAUGGUUCUAAAAUUGUAUUUAAAUAUGAUUUAGAUAGGAAACGUACUACAAGAGCUAUUCUGUGGAUAUACCAUUAACUUUUUGGACUUCUUUUUGCUCAGCAUGAAGUUUUAUAUGCUGCAUUUUACUAAUUUCAUAUUUAAUCGUAUUUUUACUACAAAAAACCUUAACAGUAUAUAUAAUAUUAAAUGAAAGUAUGCCAUCAGGGAAAAAUUGUUUUUCUUUGCUAAAUGUGAUGCAGGAAUGACAUUCAAUAAACUCUUCUAAAUAGAAA